AUGGCACUUCAUGACGAGCACUGGAAUAAGGAGCUGCGGGAACAGUUUUCCUUGUUAUCCGCCUGUACAUCGGAUGAUGAGAAAUAUGAACACGGGGAAGCCGUUGCCCCGUGUGCAAAGAACAGCUGUGGAAACAAGGGAUUACUACAUUUAAGCGAUGAGGUCCUAGUUCUUAUUUUUCAACGGCUGGAUCCCUUCUCCCUGCUGCGGGUCGGGAGCACCUGUUGGACCUUAUUCCGAAUUUGUUCCUGCAACUCCCUGUGGACACGACACUUCCAGGCGUCAUUUGGGGUUCCAUUUACCGCUGCCACGUGUUCCACCACAGCCAAAGAUGGCUUCCGUCUGCUUUUCAUGUGGAGGACGCUCUACAGAAAUCUGCACUGCAACCGCUCCCUGCAGGAGAAGCUGUUCGCGAACGUUCCGCUGCCUCCUCACAAGUACUGGGCUCAGUGGUUGGUGAUGGAAGAUGUCGUCCCUCUUCCAUCUGUGAUUCUGUCGUGCAGUCAGAUCGAAGAGCUCUGGGGAAUACAUGAAGAGGCGUUAGAGAGGCAAAACCAAGAGAAAGCUGAUGAAGGUGACGUUAUAAGGUUUGAAUGGAGGCACCUGUACAACCUGGCCCUAAAGCAUCAUGGCGGUAUAGCGAUGGUUGUCCAACAUGUUCUCAAUCAACAUAGUAUGAACGACCACACUGAGCUGUACGCCAUGUACCGGCAGUACAUGCAGUGCCGCUUCCAGUGGCUCUUCACCUAUUGGCUGUUCCAGCAGCCCACCCCCUUUGACCGGCAGCUGCGCUGCAUCUACCUGCAGUGGCGCAGGCACAGCAAGAGGAAGGUGGCGUCCUGGGGCGGGACGCUCUGCGACAUCCGGUACCUGGCCUCCCUGCACCGCGUCACCAGCGACUACUGGAGAGGGAAGCUGGCGAAGGGGGAUGAGGCCGUGGGAAUUCAGACGGUGGAAAACUACUUCUCCAUGUGCAAAUCCCUGGUGGCCUGGAUUUUAGGCCGUGACUGGGGCAGACUAAAGCGCAGGAAGGUGUACGAGGACACUCUCGAGGGGGUUUACAUGCUGCUGAAGAAGGACAUGCAGACUACGCUGAUCGACCGCGGCACGUUCUGGCAGGUUGCCAAGGUCCAGAUGGCCCGAGUGUGCGCCUUAGAGGAAGCGGCUGCAAACUAUGUAAACUGGAAAAUUAUCGAGACUCUCCCUUACUACAGGCUCUACCUGGUGUCAGGUAACGUGGUCUACCUGGAGCACGUCCGAGGCUUCUUGCGCAGGAAGAGAGCGAUCCACAACUGGAUCUACCUGGAGGAGAACACCUUGAUCAGGCAGGUGCUGCCAGAUGAGCUUUACGCAAUUCUGGAGUAUGACGCCAAGAUUUCCCAAGACAGCCUCCAUGGAGACUCCCCAGCAGCACAGCUGGGCCGAACGCUGUGGCUCUACCUGCACUCGGGGCAGCAGGCCUACAUGGAGGCGGUGAAGCGCCUGGUGCUGCAGUACGCUCAGGCCAGUCUGGGAUACUACUCCGCCCUCGCACCUCUGGUCAGCACUGAGCCAAUCAGCUGA